AGAGAGAGAAUUGAAUUGAGAGAGAGAGAGAGAAUAAAGUUUUUUCGAACAUCAGCAAGCAGAAAGAGGGGAGGGGAAAGAAGUUGGACAUGAUCACUCUGGCAGUAACUUUUUCUUUCCCCUGGUAAGAAGGCUACAGCAGAAAAAGUAUUGAAGGGAGAGAACAGUGUGGAUUACAACCGGACAGCAGCAAAUGGUUUUUUACCUGCCUCGGCAGCAUAUAGGCUACUGUAGAUUUUGGAUUAAUGUUGUCGUAACUGCAGAGAUCUAACUAUAGCUGUAGCAGUCGAGGUGUGUGUGUAUCCAGAGGAGUGCGUCAUGAGGAAUCUCCGCUUCCUGGUUCUGCUCACCCUCAGCCUCUGGUCAUGUGACCUGGGAGCAUCAUCCAAAGAAGUACAAUGCCCUUCCCAACAGGUAGAUGACUGGAAGUUCCCUCAGACGGCCAGACACAACAUCACAGGUUUCAAUCUGGUGCGGCGCUUCUCCCUGCUCAAGACAGCAGCGGUCAGGAAGAUCCGUAACCCCCGAGGACCCGUUAUCCUCCGACUGGGCAAGACAGCACUCAUCCACCCCACAGAUCAGGUGUUCCCCCAUGGUCUUCCUGAUGAGUUCACGCUGGUCUUCACUUUGCUCCUCAAGAAGAAAACACUGAGAGACAACAUCUACCUCUUCCAGAUCUCUGAUGAACAGGGAUACCCACAGUUCUCUCUUGACCUGAAUGGCCCUGAGGCCACCCUGUCCCUGCGUGCGCGGGGGGCCGACCUCCUGAGUGACCCAGUUGGGUGUUUGUUCAGUGGGGAGGGCGUUGAAUCUCUCCUGGACAGUGGCUGGCACAAACUGUCCCUCAGCGUCCAACAGGGAGCAGCCUCUCUACACGUGGACUGCAGCUCCAUCCAGACCAUGCCCCUGGAGCCCCGGGGAGAGCUACCCACCAAAGGACACACCCUGCUGGGCAUCAGAGCCACUGAUGCUGCCCCUGUGGAGAUGGACAUUCAGCAGGUGAUGGUGUACUGUGACGCCUCCCUGGCCAGUCAGGAGGCCUGCUGUGAGAUACCUGGUGCUCGGUGCCCCCCUGGUGCCCUCAAGAGUCGCCGCGCUGCCGAAAACGAGCUGGAGCAGCAGGUCCUUGCCUUUAAUCAGAUCCUUGGAUCCCAGGGCCUAGCAGAGGAAUUGGCUUCAGUUGGACACCCUGGACAGCACGGAAUGAAGGGAGAGAAGGGAGAUCGGGGUUCAGACUGCAGUGACUCUGGAUCUGGUACAUGCAAAGAGGGACGCAUGGGACAGAAGGGGGAGAAAGGCGAGUCUGUGCUGCCCGCUAACUGGGGAGAAGCUGUCGGACACAAGGGAGAUAAAGGACAUAAGGGAGAUAUUGGUCUCCAGGGACUAUCUGGAACCCCAGGAAAGGAUGGUCGGGCUGGAUCCAUCUGUGUGGUGGGACCCAAGGGACAGAAGGGUACCUCUGGAAAGUUGGGGCCUGAAGGACUAGCAGGAGAACCGGGAAAACCCGGACUUCCAGGAAUGCCAGGAAUUGGAGAACCAGGCCUGCCAGGCCUGCCAGGCACUCCUGGAGGACCUCCUGGAUCAAAGGGAGACAAGGGGCAUUCUGGGACACCAGGGAAAGAUGGAGAACCAGGAGAUCCUGGUCCUAGGGGUCCUGGUGGUGGUAAAGGAGAUAAGGGUGACCCAUGUGAGGUGUGUCCCGUCCUGUCUGCAGACCUGGGCAACACUGUGGCCCUCCACGGGAAGACGGGGCCCAAAGGAGAGCCUGGGGUCCCUGGGAUAGGAGAUCCUGGCCUCCCGGGUCUUCAAGGAGCAGAUGGGAAGGCAGGAGAGAAGGGAGGGGUGGGGUCUGAUGGUGUCAAAGGGGAAAAGGGUGAUGCAUGUGCUGUGUGCCCCACCCUGAGUGAAUUACCUGCUGCCAACCUUGUUGCCAUGGAACAAACUCUGAAACACAAAGGAGAGAGAGGAAAACCUGGGCUGGGACAGAAGGGAGAACAGGGGGAACCUGGAGUCAGUGGCCUGGCAGGGCUGAGAGGAGAGAAGGGUAACACUGGUGGCAAAGGAGCUGACGGUAAAACGGGCAAAGCUGGACCCAGAGGACCUAGUGGCAAGGAUGGACUGAAGGGGAUACAGGGAGAUCCAGGGAUUCCUGGUCUAGGAACUGCCGGCCCUAAAGGAGAGAAGGGUGCGUCGUGUGGGGUGUGCCAGUCUUCUCCCUCUGAGGUGGGCAGUGGGACGUCCUCCGUCAAGGUGCUAGCGGGUGAAACUGGCCCUCCAGGGCCCGCCGGGCCUGCAGGAGAGGGCACCGACGGCAAACAGGGUGUGCCAGGUCGUGAUGGUCUAAGGGGAGAGAAGGGCGACCAGGGUGAGCAGGGAGACCAAGGAUUAGCCGGCACCCAUGGAACCCAGGGCCUGCCUGGAGAGCCUGGUCGGGAUGGACUAACUGGACUGAAGGGAGAGAAGGGAGAUGCGUGUGAGAGCUGUGCGCCUGUCUCUGGACGGCAGAUGGGUGUAGGAGGGGUGCAGGGAGCCAAGGGAGAGAGGGGCAACCCGGGACCCCCAGGAGAGGGGAAAGCAGGGAAACAUGGCAAACCAGGACUUCCCGGUGUCCAAGGGCCUAUAGGACCAAAAGGAAGCCAGGGUGACCCAGGAGUUGAAGGGAUGGGCAUCCCAGGACCUCAGGGAGCAGAAGGACCCAGAGGCUUACCAGGGGUGGCAGGUCCUCAGGGAAUUAGAGGACUUACUGGACCAGUUGGGCCUGCUGGGGACAUGGGUCCUAAAGGAGAGGAGGGGCCUCCAGGGCCACAGGGGCCCAUGGGUGUAGGUGUUACAGGACCCCAGGGUAAAGACGGCAAAGGUGGAUCCAAUGGAAUCCCAGGAGCUGAUGGAAGAGAUGGAACUGACGGAGCCAAGGGGGACAAGGGUGAACCUGGAGACUGUAACUGUAUCAGCCCUCCAUACGCAGGAACAGGUGGACCGGGAGCACCAGGAACUAUGGGAGGAAACACGUGGCAGGGGGCUCCGGGACAACCAGGUCCUCCUGGUCCUCCUGGGCCACAGGGCUUCAUCGGCAUCACAGGACCCCAGGGUAACCCUGGCAACGACGGGGUACCAGGGCAGCCGGGUCUGCCUGGGAGAACUCAUCUGAGGCUGCCUCAGGAUGAGGACCCCAGUCGAGGAGAUGGAAAGAAGGUGUGUGAGGACUGCUCCAAGGGCUUGCCAGGGGUACCAGGCAUGGCGGGCACCAAGGGAGAGAAAGGAGACGAGGGCAAGACUGGCAUAGGCCAUGCUUCCGACGGCUGUGAGAGGUGUUUCCUAAACCAAAGGCUGCAGGGGGAGGAGGCUGCACAGGCUCCUACCACCACCAACACCGAUGGAGCUAAUGGAGGCUGCUCCGGACCAGGAACACCAGGCCACCCAGGAAUACCAGGAGCACCUGGAAUAACGGGAGAGACGGGUCCUCAGGGGCAAAGGGGACAGGCUGGAGUACCAGGAAAUAUGGGUCCUCCUGGUUUUCCUGGUCCUCAAGGCUCAUCUGGACUUACUGGUCAGCAGGGUGAGAGAGGAACAGCAGGACCACCAGGUGUGAAGGGUGAAACAGGCCCUCCAGGGACUAAUGGAUACCCAGGUUCUAUGGGACCACCUGGGCUUCCUGGCCUGAAGGGCGAGAGAGGGACACCAGGCGGUGCGGGAACGAAGGGAGAAUCGGGUCCACCAGGCAACCCAGGAUACCAGGGAAAGGCUGGAGUAGCGGGACCCAAAGGAGAGGCUGGACUGGCAGGUUCCGAUGGACCGAAGGGAGAUCAGGGCUCCCAAGGGCAACCAGGAUUCCCAGGAACACCGGGACCCCCUGGACCCCCUGGGAAACAAGGAAGAGAAGGACCACCUGGACCCAAGGCUGACAAGGGUAAUGAUGGACCACAAGGUCCGCAGGGCUCGUCUGGACCUCCAGGUUCUUCUGGGUCUCCUGGCUUGCAGGGACCUCCUGGAUUUGAGGGAUUGGACGGUAAAGAUGGGAAACCAGGAAUGAGGGGUGAGCCAGGGAUUCCAGGGACGGUAGGACCCAGAGGAAUCCCGGGUUUCAAAGGGAAGCAUGGACAUGUUGGCUUCCCUGGACAGAAGGGUGAUGCUGGACCUGUAGGCCCACCGGGGACAGCUGGUAGACCAGGACUUGAAGGUGACGCCGGAGCCCCAGGGCCUCAGGGUCGACCCGGUCCCCCAGGACAGCUUGGUUCUGCAGGAGCAGCGGGGCCCCCAGGACCGGCAGGCCCAGCAGGAGUGGGUAUAAAGGGGGAGAAAGGCCAGGCUGCAGACAGAGGGCUACCAGGGAUGGUUGGCCCCGCUGGACCCCCUGGUCAUCCAGGAAUGAUGGGAGAACCAGGCAAUGAUGGAGCUGCGGGUAAAGACGGAUCGCCUGGUCUGCCAGGAGACAAUGGACAAUGUGGUCAAAAGGGUGAAGCAGGUACCCCAGGUCAGAGAGGCGCCCCAGGGGAGCGAGGUCGCCCGGGACCCCCUGGCGGAGGUGGGUACUCCUCCAAAUCUGAUGCCCCAAUGAUGGGCCAAGUGGGACCCAGGGGAGAGAGGGGCACCCCAGGCUCACCAGGCACUGCAGGGUCCCCCGGACCACCAGGAAUACCAGGCAACGAUCCUGUGGUCAACUAUGACAACAUCAAGGACUUCAUUCGCCAGCAGGUCAUCAAGAUCUUUGAUGAGAGGAUGACCUACUUCAUGUCUCGUAUGCAGCAGCCACAAGAGGUGUCAUCUCCCGGUCGUCCUGGACCCCCAGGGAAGGAUGGUAACCCAGGCAGAGAUGGGAGUCCAGGAGCCCCAGGUCAGCCAGGACAGAUAGGUAGAGAGGGCCGCAAUGGACCCUUGGGACCACAGGGUCCACGAGGUCUAAAGGGAGAGAAAGGUGACAAGGGUGUAGGGGAGAUGGGUGACAGUGGACCCCCAGGAGCACCAGGUGUUCCAGGCCCCCCUGGCUAUGGUAAGAUGGGCCCCAGCGGCCCCGUCGGUCAGCAAGGGAUCCCUGGAGUCUCAGGAACCCCUGGACAGCCGGGUCAGAAGGGCAGGGAGGGCCGGUGUAACCCCUCUGACUGUAUGAGCCAACCAAUAGAGUGGAACCCUAAGGGCCCUCCCAUCAAGGGCCCCUACUAGAGAGAAAGUAUUAAAGAGGAGAGGAGGAGAGAUAGAUGAAACCAACCCAAAGACCAGAAGACACUAGAGAAAGGAGAGGAGGGGAGAGAAGAAACCAACCCAAAGACCAGAAGACACUAGAGAGAGGAGAGGAGGAGAUAUAGAAGAAAACAACCCAAAGACCAGAAGACACUAGAGAAAGGAGAGGAGGGGAGAUAGAAGAAACCAACCCAAAGACCAGAAGACACUAGAGAAAGGAGAGGAGGGGAGAAGAGAGAACAGAUCAAACAGAAGACCAGAGCUACCGUCCGAUCAACAGAAAUCAUCCCAGGAGAACAAAUGAAUACUGAAGCACCAAUAGUUGGUGUGGAGGGCCCAUCCCUAAUUCAUCAAAGGGUUUGCCAGUUAGCUGUCCUUCUCACCGCCUGUGUAGAAAAUAUAUAUGUGUAGGACCUUCCUCUAACUGAUGCCUUGGUACUGGCUGAAGUGGCUUCAAUAAAGGAGAUAUUUGGACUGUGCUCUCCUCUCUUUCAUAUAUUUUCCCAACUUUAGCUGCCAGCUCUUUCUAUAUGUUAGACAUGUUUAUUUUGACAAUAACAGCAAGAGCAUAUCCAGCCUUUGAAAAACGACCUGCAAAUUCUUCCUCUUCUUCACUAUCAUCCUCAUCUUCAUUCUGAUUAUAAAACGUGUCCAUUGGGAGUAUUAGGCAGCUACCUUGUGAUAUUCUGCUUCGAUCUAGCUUCUGUCUAGCCAUAGAAACAAAAUGAAUAGAAUUGACAUGGCACUCCCAUUUCAAAUGCCCAUUCUAAUCGUUCUAUCUCUUUGUACAUUUUGUUUGAUUUCUAUGCUUGAAUAUACUCCCUCAUCACUUGAAUGAUGUCUGCUGCUUUAACAGAUCUGUACGCUUUGUCCUCAAAUCAUGGCCUUAUGAGAAGUUCUCACCUUCUCUUCCUUGUUUGCGUGAGAAGAACAUAAUGUACACCUCCCAAGAGUGCCUGUUUUGUACAUAUUUCUAUUUAUAUGUAGUAGCUUUUUAUGCCUUUUGUAUUUUGGAUUUGGCGUCAACAUGGCUAACCGUGUUUUCGCUAUGGUCAACUGUCAGGAAUCCACUAUGAGUGUGGUUUUUAUAAGAGUUAUUUGUUCAUAAAAUAUACAAGAAAUUGGAGAGAAAUUAUCUUUUUAUGUGAAAGUAAAUUGGAUUUCUAUAUGGUGGUAUAAUUAUGCUUCGGAAGAUAUUUUCAUGCUUGCCUUUGUAUAAAGUACAUGGCAUAAUUUUCAAAACUGCCUCAAAACUGGCAACAAAAAAAAAUCUAGUUAUGUAGCAAUUUAUCAACAAGUCUCUUACAUUAUCAAGCUUAUUUUUGACAACAGAGCAACUGUAAAGGGAUAUUUGUUUCUCGUCCAGCACACCACUGGUUACUGUAACUGAAAUAGGGUUGCACAAUUCAGGUAACUUUCCAAAAGUUCCCAGGGUUUUCAGAAAUCCUUGUUUGGAAGAGGGAGGGGAUAAGCAGAACAUUCGGAAUCCUCCAACCAGGAUUUAUGGAAAACUUGGGGACUUUGGCCAAGUUGCCGUCAUUUGGCCAUGCUUAACGGAAAUAGAUGUUUUAUGACCACUAAGAGAAACAGGCUGAAUUUUCAUAGGAGAGGCUGUUUAGCAUCUUCACCCAAACCUUCGCUGGCAUCGCUGUGCCAAUCAGCUUCCCCUCAUAUCCAUUACUGAGUACAACUUGUAUGUCUCCUGCCUUGUAUGUUGUGUUGUUUUGAAUGCUUGCAGUUUCACUUGUCAUCUAUACACUACAGGCCAGGGUGUCAGUAAGGGUGUCAGUAAGGGAUUUGUCACCAUGUUUAGAUUCAUAUGGAUGUUCUAAGUUGUUAUUGGAAGGGCCAUGAGGUUUUCCUGAUGUUUUCACUGUCCAUAGUGAUUUCUGGUCAGGAAAACCUACUGACCCUAGUUAUACUGAACAACCACCCCAAUAGUUCUCCCCUCUUCAUUCCUAGCUUUCAUAAACAUCUUGUUGAAACAACACCACUGUUCCCCUGCUACUCUCAGUAUAUCUGUUGUGUGUUUUAUGUUGGCAUCACUUUUUGUAAAGAGAUGGGUUUUUUUUUAUGAAAACGUUUGAGAAAAAGUUAAUAAAAUGUUUGAAGCAGA